ACCUUAUUGCCGAAGAGAAGGCUCGAAGAACAUUUUUUUCCUGUUACCUGCCUUGUGAUGGUUUUGACAUUUUAAAAUUGCAAAAGAGAAAAUUGGUAGUGUCUAUGCCCCAGUUACCUAACACCGUCUGGUGCUGGUAGUCGUUAUUCUCUUAUUUGUCGCCCCUAUAGUUAGUUACAGGUCAAUAGUUUCAUUACGGUUAUCGUUUCAGUUUGUGACCAGGUGACCCGGAUCGUGCACCUCUAUCAACAAAAACACGGAGAACAAGAUCGAUAUCGUCAAUCGUCUUAACGCGCUUCACUCUACAAGUUUCCUUGUUUCAUCUGCACCGUCAACGUCUCUUCUAGCCUGUUUUACUUACCAACUGCAAAUCAGACUUCGAAUCCCGUAAUUCUUUUGCCUCAACGAGUUUACAUCCCCCUUAAGAUGUGACUAAUAAUCGAUCGGUUCUUCUAGAUUACCUUUAGGACUGCACGCUCUGAUUCUAUUGCCGGCAACGGAAAUUAUACAAAAUGUCCGUGACAGUGCCGUUGGUCACUUUCGAUCCGUCUGGCGAGAAACAAGGUAGUAAAACGAGGAUGAAAAUGGCAAACGAAAAGACUAAUUUUCACGAGAGUGACGCGGUGCACUUGGCCAGUUUCACCCAGCGGAUGGGACGUUGGAUCCACCGAUUUCGGCGCACUCGACAAAUGAUGUCCGAUGUUCAUCCAGGGCCAGACGCAGGCUUUCUGGAACGCUUCGCUUCUGGGGAAGAUCAUCACUCCGAACGACAGAGCGAUGUUGGAUGGAAGGCCUUUUUGUGUCGACAGCACUGCUGUGGUCAAUUAGUGGUAGAUACUACUCAAAAAGGCCAUUACAAAUGGUUGGGCAUCGUGAGCAUUGCCAUCAUGUACAACUACAUUUUCAUCGUGGGUAGAACAGUAUUCUGGGACAUGCAAAAUUUGUGUCCAAUCGUUUGGCUAGUUCUGGAUUAUACGUGCGACCUGAUUUACGUGUUUGACAUGGCAGUUCACGCUCACGAAGGAUAUCUUGAACAAGGUCUGAUGGUAACGGAUCCAGACAAAUUGCGACGUCACUACUGGCAAAGUUGGGAUUCGAAAAUCGAUAUUUUCAGUUUGCUGCCAACCGAUUUGCUGUAUCUUGUGUGGGGUAGCCCGACGGAAUGCAUCCAUGUACCGUGUGGUGUCGUUGUUCGAAUGAAUCGACUGUUCCGCCUAUCCAGAAUGAUGGCUUUUUUCGACAAAACGGAGAAUCAAACAAAUUUUCCAAAUGCUUUCCGCAUCACGAAGGUUAUGAUCUACCUGCUUGUAAUCAUUCAUUGGAAUGGCUGUAUCUAUUUCGCAAUCAGCAACGCAAUCGGUUUUGGAUCCGACGGAUGGGUCGUGACGCUCGUUGAAAACGGCGCUAACCUCUCACUAACCUAUCAAUAUAUUUUCACAUUUUACUGGUCGACUUUGACACUGACGACGAUCGGCGAAACACCACCACCAGAGAUUGAAGUUGAAUUUGUCUUCGUUAUCGUAGAGUACAUGAUAGGCAUUCUCAUUUUCGCCACGAUCGUCGGUAACAUCGGUUCAAUGAUCACGAACAUGAACGCCUCACGAACUGAAUUCCAAACGAGGAUGGAUGCCGUCAAACAAUACAUGGUGUUCCGCAAAGUCUCUAAAGAAUUGGAAGAACGAGUCAUCCAAUGGUUCGACUAUAUGUGGAGCAAUAAACAAUCCCUGGACGAAGGCCGUGUUAUGGACACACUUCCCGACAAGCUAAAAGCUGAGAUUGCUAUACACGUCCAUCUGGAUACGUUGAAACAAGUCAAAAUCUUUCAAGAUUGCGAGCCUGGUCUUCUGGCAGAGCUCGUUCUUAAACUACAGCUUCAAGUCUUUAGCCCAGGCGAUUACAUUUGCCGGAAAGGAGACGUCGGGAAAGAGAUGUACAUCGUUAAGAGAGGGAAGUUAAGCGUCUGCUCGGAUGAUGGGAAAACCGUUUUCGUGACGUUAGGAGCUGGGAGUGUUUUUGGUGAAGUGAGUAUCCUCAACAUUGCUGGAAAUAAAACGGGAAACAGGAGAACGGCCAAUGUCCGCAGCGUCGGUUAUUCCGAUCUCUUCUGCCUUUCUAAAAGCGAUUUGUGGAAUGCGCUGCAAGAAUAUCCUGAAGGACGGAAAACUUUGUUGGAACGAGGCCGGCAAUUAUUGCUCAAAGAUGGACUAUUAGACGAGGAAGUUAAUCGACGGCAUCAAGAUGAAUGUGAUUCUGCUAAAGAUCGCAUAGAUAAACUGGAGAUGGCGCUAGAUACACUGCAAACGCGUUUCGCCCGUCUGCUGGCCGAAUACACGAGUAGUCAGCAAACAAUCAAACAGCGAAUUAGCAAAGUAGAACAACAAUCACAGCAACCGUUUCCUGAAAUUGAUGCAAUCGUCGAGAACAACAGCGCUGUCACAAUCCCAUCAUCUCCCAAUUUGAAAAGAAAAAGUUCUAAUUUGCUCGAUGUCCCAGUGAGGAAACCUUCCACGUCACGAUCAGACGAUGUCGCUGGGGACGAGGUCCCACAUGUUCCUCCCGUUCCAUUCACAGAAAACAAGAUUAAUGCGGAUGUUUCAACUUUGAAUUUGAAUCGGAUAGAAUCUGAGAAUCACCAAUGAGCUUUUGAACAGGAAGAAAUCGUCUUUUUUUUUAAAAAAAGAAACGUUAGCUCAGCCAACAUUGCAACCCAAAUAUCUACGAAAAAAACUGUUAUUUUCUCCCGAACGUGAUGUGCACUUUCAAUAAGUCAUGAAUUCGACCGAGCUUUUCCAUUUUGAUCUGUUCGUAUUGAAACG